AUGUUGUCUAGAAUUAGCAGAAGGGCAUUUUCCUCUACACGUAUCAAUCCAUACAAGGUUACAGUUCUCGGUGCCAAUGGUGGUAUUGGGCAGCCAUUGUCGUUGCUGUUGAAGUUGAACCAGAAGGUUACUGAUCUGAGGUUGUACGAUCUUAGAGGUGCUCCUGGUGUUGCCAGUGACUUGUCGCACAUCCCAACGAACUCUACUGUGAAGGGUUUCACUCCCGAGGAGGCCGAUGGUUUGAAGAAUGCUUUGAAGGACACCGACCUGGUGUUGAUUCCUGCUGGUGUGCCUAGAAAGCCAGGUAUGACUCGUGAUGACUUGUUUGCCAUCAAUGCCGGUAUCGUGCGUGACUUGGCCACCGCUGCUGCCGAGUCUGCUCCAAACGCUGCCAUCCUGGUGAUCUCUAACCCAGUUAACUCUACCGUGCCAAUUGUCGCCGAGGUCUUGCAAAAGAAAGGUGUGUACAACCCUAAGAAGUUGUUCGGUGUCACCACAUUGGACUCCAUCAGAGCUUCCAGAUUCAUCUCCGAAGUUGUCGGCACUGACCCAACCCAGGAGAAAGUAAACGUUGUUGGUGGUCACUCUGGUAUCACAAUUAUCCCACUUCUAUCUCAGACCAAGUACGGUGAUAAAUUGGACAAGGACCAAAAGGACGCCUUGAUCAAGAGAAUCCAGUUCGGUGGUGACGAAGUCGUCAAGGCCAAGAACGGUGCUGGUUCCGCUACUCUAUCCAUGGCCCAGGCCGGUGCUUUGUUCGCCAACGCUGUCCUAUCCGGUUUCGCCGGUGAACAAAACGUCGUCGAACCAUCUUUCGUCGACUCCCCUCUAUACAAGGGCGAAGGUAUCGAGUUCUUUGCUUCCCCAGUUACUCUAGGAAAGGAAGGUGUUGUUAAGAUCCACCCAAUUGGUACCAUCUCCGCUGAAGAGGAAGAGAUGUUGGCCACUUGUAAGGAGACCUUGAAGAAGAACAUCGAAAAGGGUAUCAACUUCGUCAAGUCCAGCAAUUAA